UUCCCGCAACAACGUUAACUACCAAGGUUGCAGUUACUUUCGUUUUUCCUGUAAUUAAUGUGUGGCCUUUACUUGUUCGGCAGUGAUUAUAUUCAUCGGAAAAUAUAAUCUCAAUUCUCAACAUGGAUAAUUCGGUGUUUAACAACGGAGAUGUUCACUAUAAUCGAACUUGCUCCUCCUAUUCAUGUUCUUCUCAAAGGGAUGUCCGCUACAGAUGUGGUACUUGCGGGUACGAGCUUAACCUAUCCUCGUCUAACCGGAACACCUCAUCCAUCGGUUCUAAAUAUGGGAAAUCCAUAAAGCGAGGUAUUAUAUCAUUCUACAAUAUUGAUGAUAGCAGAUUUACCCAGUUUGAUGAAAUUGAAUGCACCCCCCGUUUUUCUAAGCGCUCAUGGGGUUUGUUCCGCCGAAAAACUAAGCUUCUUUGUCGUAAGUGUUGCAACCAUAUUGGAAACGCCUACAAUGUUCACACUUCAUCCUUUUUUUCUCUUGCAUCAAACGGGACAAGACCAUCUCCUGGCUCCGAAGCAUCGAAUCAUAUGAAAUAUGACAUUCGCAUUCGUGCCUUACAGCCUUCAUCAUCUGAAGAAUAUGGAAUCUCUGUGUUAGCUUGAAAAUUUAAGUACGUUGUGAAAAUUUUAUUGUUCCUUCGUAGAUAGUAAUCAGCAGGGACAAGGAGAGGUUGGGAUUUCAUUAUUAAUAUAGGAAAGUUCUGUUUUAGCAAGGGCUUUGUGUUCCCCCUUCUCUUUCUAUCUGAAGUGUGAUUAAUAUAUAUACUCGUAUAUAAGAGUUGUAAUUGUAAGAAUUAAAUUGAAAUGAGUUACAGGUAGGGGAUGUUUGGGAAGUUAAUUAAAUUCGCAAAACUUCAGAGAGAGAAUAUUUAUAGGUCGUGCUACGAAUAGACCACAAGUUAUCUAGCACUGAAUAGCCAGUUAUGGGAGUGUGUUGUUCCUAC